AUGGCACCAAAAAGAAGCAUCAUUAUUACAGGCGGUGCCUCGGGAAUUGGCCUUGGUAUAACCCAGCACUUCAUCACAGAGCCAGAGACACACAUAACGAUUCUGGAUAUAAGUUCCGCAGCUGGCACGCAGACACUCGAGAGACUACACGCGGAGUUCCCAUUGGCAAGUGUUUCAUUUGAGCAGUGCGAUGUCUCCUCCUGGGAGAGCCAAGCGGAGGUUUUCAACAGGGUUGUCGAUCAACAAGGCCGGAUAGAUAUUGUCUUCGCCAAUGCUGGUAUAACAGAGAAGGGAACAUUACUACCGGAGAAAGAUGGAGACAAAACCAAAGACCCCGUGAAGCCAGAUCUCUCUACUUUGAAUGUGAAUCUCGUCGGUGUUGUAUAUUCAAUCAAGCUCGCGACACAUUAUAUGUCCUACACCUCCGACACGGCAAGCACAUCCAAGGGGUUGAUCGUCUGUACAGCUUCAAAUGCUGGCUUAUAUCCAUUCGCAAUGGCGCCGAUGUACGCAGCAACAAAAGCCGGUGUCAUCGGGCUUGUCAGAUCUCUUGCACCAUCGCUGGCAGUGGAGAGAAUUCAGAUCAACGCGCUGGCACCUGCUGUGAUUCAGACGAACAUUGCACCAAGUAGUGCCUUGUUUGAUUCCAUGAUCUUGACACCAAUGUCGACGGUCACGAAAGGCGUUGCGCAGUUUGUAGCUGACCCAUCACUGACGGGCCAGGUGGCUGAAUUACAUGGCGAACAUGUUACUUUUGCGGAGCCACCGGCGUAUGUGGAUGAGGAUACUGGGAAGAAUAUUGCUAUGUUUUCUAGUCUAGGGUACGCAUGA